AGUAAUUUGAGGCGUCCCUGAAGCGCAAGAUGGUGCAGGCGGGCGGCCAUCGACGCCCGUGGGCAGAGGCGGCCAGCAGUGUUUUCGCCGUGGCGUCAGCUCUGCCUCCCAUCAUGAACAGCGAGCAGAUUGCUGAUCUGUUUGAGAAGAUUGAAAAUGGGGUUGCAAUUGACCCGUUUCCUCAACUCCCAGCCGAUAUCAAACGAAAUGCCGCUGGUGAAACCUUUUUAAUUGUUGCUGCUCGCGCUAAUAAUGCACAUGCAGUCAGAUGUCUUAGCGUGGACCAAGACGUCUUGGAUGAGACAGAUAAUGAGGGAUGGUCUGCUUUACUUAAUGCUGCCCAUAAAGGACACUUCGACGUCGUAAAGAUUCUCCUGGAAGCAGGAGCGUCGGUGGAUUUGCCAGAUAUGAUGGGAUGGAGUCCGCUGAUGUGGGCUGUAUAUAAAUGUCACCCCGAAGUAGUCGAUCUAUUGCUGAACUAUGGUGCUCAUGUAAACCUUAUCGAUGAAGAGGACGGCCUUACCCCACUCAUCGUAGCUUCUGGCCGUGGUUUCACCUCAGUUGUUGAGAAACUUCUUGCAGCAGAUGCCCAGGUCAAUGCUUGUGAUAAAUUCGGCAGCACUGCUUUGAUAUGGGCUGCCAGAAAAGGUCACCUUCCUAUUGUGAAAAUGUUGCUCAAUGCGGGCGCUGAGGUGGAUGCUGUAGGCAUGGGCUCCUCAACAGCUCUUAUGCUAGCAACUAAGGGCAAUUAUCUUGCUGUUGUGGAUUUACUGUUAACUCGAGAACCUAAUGUGAAUGUUGUGGAUCAGAAUGGGCUCUCGGCUUUGGGAAUAGCUGCGCGAGAAGGCUAUGCAGAUAUUUGCGAGUCUCUUGUUAACUCGGGUGCAUUUGUGAAUCAGAGCGACAAGUAUGGGAACUGGAUUCUGUUGAGCGCUGUGCGCAGUGGGAACGCUAAUAUCGUUCGUCUCCUUCUUGAAAAGUUCGCAGAUGUGAAUGCAAGGGAUUCAGAGAACAGGACGGCUCUCCAUCUGGCCAUUGACAAAUCAUUCAUGGACAUAGUGUACAUAAUUUUAGAGAGGAAACCAAACCUCGAACUGAAAAAUAGAGACGGUGAAACUCCUCUUAUUCGGGCUGUCAAAAGUCGGCACGUGGCACUUUGUGAUCUUCUAGUGAAGUCAGGAGCAAAGAUAUCAGCGGCAGAUAACAAUGGCGACAAUGCUCUUCACCUAGCUUUGAGAGCUAGGAGCAGAAGGUUGACCCAAACUUUGCUAGCCAAUCCGUCAGACUCUCGUUUACUUUAUCGACCUAAUCGUUUGGGACAAACUCCUUACUCUAUCGACAAUGCAAACCCGCAGCCGAUUCUCCCACUCAUUUUUGGUCCAAUAGAUGCGGAACAACAAAUGGAUACUAUGCUGGGUUAUGACGUCUACAGUAACGUGCUUGCUGAUAUAGUUUGUGAGCCCUCCCUUUCUUUGCCUCUAACAGUGGGUUUGUAUGCGAAAUGGGGCUCAGGAAAGUCAAUACUGCUUGCAAAGCUCAAGGACUCUAUGAAUAGCUUUUCUCGCAAUUGGCUGGAAGGAGCGCAUUUAAGUAUGUCUAGCCUCAUUUUCUUCUACCUCACAUUAUUUUGUGUGAUAUUCACUAUGACAAUUUCCACCGCAUGUGCUACAGCGGCCAGUCUGCCUGGGUUGAUUGCCGUAUGGGUCGUUGGUGGUUGCCUACUCGUCUUGCUCAUAUCUUCCUACUGUUUUCUCUAUUAUGGAAGUGAAAUGCGUGGAUGGUCAGCACCAACGCGUGUCGCGACCUCACUAUCGCGUUUCAUCUAUCGUGUUCGCUUACUGUGGAAUGUUGCGACUCUUUAUGCUCCUAUGCACACUGAAAAUGACAUUGCCAGCAAUCCUGUGAGUUUCUUGUUCGCUGACUACCAUCGCUUAUCGUCAAUUGGUGGUGAGCAAGCCCUUGCUAAGAUCGUCGCAACACUAUUUGAGUCUGCUGAGACACACUUUGGUGUUCUACCCGUGCGACUCUUUUGCUCGCUACGCCCAGGAUAUCCUGGACAACAUGGGUCUUUACGGCGACAUUGCGGUGUUCCCAUUGUCUUGCUAGUGGGACUUGCUGUUUGUAUGCUGCUUGCUUCGGAAAUAUUCAUGACAAUAUGGCUGUUUAGCGAAAAAGAUACGAGUUCGGGAGCGCUCUUUGUUGUGUCAAUUGCCUUUAUGACAAUAUUCCUUAUGCUGACUAUCUAUCCAGUCAUUAUAUUGUUACGAUACGGCUAUACUAACGUUCCAAGAAAACGUGUUAACGAAGCUGCGCAAGCAGUUCUCAAAUUGCGAUUUGAGGGACUAAUGCAGAAACUACAAUCCGAGGUUGAUAUCUUAGCUGACAUGAUUCGAUCUUUAGAUGCGUUCACUAGAAGCCAAACUCGUCUCGUAGUCGUCGUUGAUGGCCUCGAUAAUUGUGAACAGGAACGCAUGGUUCAAACGCUGGAUGCUCUCGAGCUCUUAUUUUCUGCGCGUAAGCAUCGCCCGUUCAUUACCAUCAUCGCCGUUGAUCCACACAUCAUUGUAUCUGCGAUAAAUCACAAUAUGCACUCUGCACUCACUGGUACCGAACUUACGGGUCAUGAUUAUCUGAAAAACAUAGUCAAUAUGCCUCUUUAUCUUCACAACUCGGCUCUCCGCCAGUUGCAGAACAAACUCAAGGACAAACGGGAAUCUUUGGCUGACUGGAAGGAACGCUAUCGUCGCCAAGACACUUUUCAUGGAUCUCAUCUGUCUUUGGCUGACGGUCGCCAAAGUCGGAAGGUCAAUGCGACGAUCGUUGUCGGAACUCGAAGUAUCGGUGAAUCUUUGCUGAAUGACGAUUACUUUUCCAACAUGAAUCCAAGAGCCAUGCGAAGGAUUGUUAACGCCCUAACUUUGACUGGCAGGCUUAUGCGAGCUUUCGAGAUCGAGUUCUCUUGGUUAUCGCUUGGACACUGGGUUUCUUUGCUAGAACAAUGGCCAAGCCGGAUGUGUUGGCUCAUUGAUCGAGCACUUGAUAUCAGUAACAACACCUUGACGCUUGCGGAGGUGUAUCACCAACUAAAGGAUCAUAUACCGAAGAAGGAUUCACUCAUUGAACUCGAUAGAAAUCCGGACAAUUUUGAGGCAUUUCUUGAUUCACCGACUAUCCCAAGUUCCGAGCAGCUUACUGUGGGACAUGUCAAGAAGUUCGUGCCUUGCACAAGUAAUCUGGACCCAUACCUACGCAAGCUGAUCAGAGAACGUCGCCAAGGACUUGAAGAUCCCGUCCAAGAAAUAGGAUUUGGUUCUGUAUUGAUCCCUCCUGCCGCGAAAUAUCUUUUUACCGACGAAAAAAUAUGGAAUACGGUGUGUACGCCACUCGUAGAGAUGAAGCUGGAUGCUGUGUGCGCUCUGGUGAGGAGACUGGACAUAGCACAAAAUCGCUUGGAUGCCAUAGUUCGCAAGUUUGAACAACUGAAUCUUGGCGGAUUAGUCUUGGCUUCCUGCUCACUUCAGGACUUGAAGGAUGCGCUGGGGAUGCCCCUUGGCGACUGGACCAUGGUUCGCAUUUUGGUGGAAACUUUGAAGGCGUUUGGCACGAAUGUACCCGGGGUGAAGGUUGAUAAGAGGAAGGCUUUGAUCCUGCCCGAAGAGGACGAGGAAGGAUUAGAGCUCGAUGUUGACUUGACUUCAAGAAGGGGUACGAUAGUGCAAUCUCCAAUUGGAGUCGGACUCAUAUCUGCUGAGGAGCGCAGGAGAUCCAUGGCUGCGGCUGAUGAUAUGAAUAGCGAUCAGAAAUGGUUGAUGGAAAGCUUAUCGGGAAUGGAUCUGACCCAAACCGAAGGAGAUUUGGACUUGGCGCCUUCGUCGGGAGCUUCCGUGCGAUUUGACGAUAUUGCUGAUGACGGGUUGGCCACGGAUGCGGACAGCACUGAGUCAAGAUAUGGUAGUCGGGAAAAUCUGCUUGAACCUGGACCGAUUUUGAGCCGCCACUCCAGCAGCAAUGGAAGGGGCGACUUGAUGCGGCAAAUCCACAACGACUCGAUACACUCUAGUGCGGAUGCCGCAAUGAGCGCACGUUCUUCGGUGAUUUCUGAUAACGAUCAUCAAGUGACGGUAAUGCGUAGAGAUGGAAGUGUGGUACCUGGCGAUCGACCUCAGUUGACCACCAUUUUUGGUCUCGAAAAUGGCAGCGCGUAGACGUUUGCAGGAUCAUCAAGAAAUGUCUAGCGCGAUGGCCGUCGUUCUGUAUAGUGUGUAUCUUGCUAAGCUGAUUUUGUUUCCUGUUUUCUGUGUUAUCACUCUAGACGACUCGCGUCUCUAAUUCAAUAAUUCAUAAUUGUCACAUCACUUUUUUAUCUAUGAAAACGGCUCAAUGUUUAGUUUAUGUUUGAUAUGUUUACAGAGUUGCACAAGUAUACUUUCAAAAUGUAAUAGUCAAAAAUUUUAUUUCAUUCUGACGUAUGAACG